AUGGAUUCACAAACUCCUCAAUCUGGUUACUACACUAAUCUUAUAACUGAAGAUGAUCUUGAGUUUGAAUGCACAAAUGAAAUUAGUGAACAGCAACAGGCUUCGCCCGAAGUUGAGGUUGAACCUACUAUUAAGAAAUCGUGCCGGGGUAGCAACUUCACCAUUAUCGAUGACAAUUUGCUUGUGAAGGCAUGGCUUUAUGUUUCUAUGGAUGCCGUUCAAGGAAAUCAACAAAAACAUAAGAUUUAUUGGAAAAGAAUUUUAAAUAAGUUUUGUGGCUUCUUAGCCCAAAUUGAAAAGAGGUCACAAAGUGGCUUGACUGAGCAAGACAAGAUUGGCCAGACAAGACUAAUGUAUUUAGAUAUUCAAAAAUCACCCUUUCACUUUAAACAUGCUUGGCUUAUUUUGAGAUUUCAUCCAAAAUGGGCAGCUCAUAUGGACAAUGUAAAACUGAAGAAAAAAUUAGUUGUGAUAAAUCUAGGUGAUGAGGAAGCUUCUCCCAAAGGUUUUGAAGUCGAGCGACCAAUAGGCCGAAAAGCCGAAAAGGAGAAACGGAAGAGCAAAGAAAAAUCGAAUCCAAGUGUUAUUGCGAUACUAAGUGACAUGAAUGAAGACAAGAAGAAGAAAAUAAAAUUGUUGGAGGAAGCACGUGAGCAAGACAAAGCGAUGUUUAUUCUUAAGCAAGAAGAAGUGCGCCUUAAAGAGGAUGAAUUGCGUCUUAGAGAAAAAACGUUUCGGUUCGAAAGAGAGAGAGAGAUAAAAGAAUUUAUGUUAAUGGAUGCAAGUCACUUGGAUGAAGAUGGCCAAGAGUAUGUUCGCCGACGCAAAAAGGCAAUCCUUGAAGGUCAAAUUCACAAUCCUUGA